AUGGGACGGGAGCUCCGGAGCGCCCCGGCCGAGAGCGGGGAGCGAGCGGAGCCGCCGGGCAGGGAGCUGGCAGCCGGUUUUCAGGAUGCCCACAUCCAGGUGCUGCUCAGCUUCGGGCUCCUGGUGGCGUUCCUCAGCCGCUACGGGCCGGGCAGCGCGGCCAGCAGCAUCCUCGUCACAGCCUUUGCCAUCCAGUGGGCUCUUCUGAUCCAGGGCUUCUUUUACUUCUUCCUCAACGGCAAAAUUUACGUGGAAGCCCAGAGCCUGGUCAGUGCUGACUUCUGCACCGCAGCCGUUCUGAUCUCCAGCGGAGCUGUCCUGGGCAGGGUAAGCCCUGGCCAGAUGCUGCUGCUGGCCCUGCUGGAAGUCUCGCUGUGCACUCUCAGUGAAUACAUCCUGCUCGGCCUCAUGGCGGUGAGCGACAGCGGGCGCUCCUUGACCGUCCACACCUUCGGGGCUUAUUUCGGCCUGGCGGUCUCACGGGUCUUGCAGCAGCCCCACAAGGACAAGAGGAAGAGGGAAGAGCAGCGGGAUAAGGGGCAGCAGACGGAUGUCUUUGCUGUGGUUGGAACCAUCUACCUGUGGAUCUUCUGGCCCAGCUUCACCUCCAGCACCACUGCCCACCACAAUGCCGAGAACUGGGCAGUGCUCAACACCUACUUUUCCCUGGUGGCAAGCACCGUGGCCACCUUCAUCCUCUCUCCUCUCCUCUACGAGGAGAGCACCCCGAGGAUGGUGCAGAUCCAGGAUGCCACCCUGGCUGUCAUGGCCAUGAUGGGCAUGGCUGGGGAGAUGCUGGCCACCCCCUUUGGGGCGCUCAUCGCAGGGUUUCUGGUUGGCCUGAUCUCCCCACUUGGCUCCAGGUUCUUCACGCCCCUUCUACACUCCAGGCUGAAAAUCCAGGACACCUGUGGGGUUCACAACACCCACGGGCUGCCCGGGGUCCUGGGGGCCUUGCUGGGGACGCUGCUGACGCUGCUGGCCACCGCAGACACUUACGGCUACAGGUGA